AUGGGGCUUCCAGACACAAGCCUGGGAAAAAAGUGUUCCAGAACUUCCACCAUGGAUUCUCCAGCAUCCAGGCCACCGACUUGGCUGCUUCAGGCCAUCAAGGCGGUGCAGAGGAAGGGGUUGGCAACUAAAGACAGGAUCAUUAGUCAUGUGUGUAGGAAUCAUGGCGUCCCGCGGGACACUGUGCAGCAACAGGUGGAGUCUGCCACCAACCAGGGGCAGAUCCUCAGGGUCCGUCAGGCCAGGGGGGCCUGCGUCUACAUCAACCCCACCGACGCCACAUGGUCCCGAGCUAAAGUCCAGCUGAAACGUCUGAAAUCCAAGGACCUUUCUAGUAUGUCUCUUAGACCGAGAGCUGCUGCCAUUUCUCUGAACAUGGAGGUUUGGGAUUCUGAAACUGAAGUAGACAACUGCCACCUAACAGUUUCCUCCAACAGUCCUGAAGCACCAACUUCAACUGUCACUGAGUCACCAGGCAAUACAACAGAAACAAUGACUCCUGGGGUCAGCCAGGAAGUCAGAAGUAAUCCUAGCAAAGACUUCAUCACCUGUUUACUUCUGGAUGCUGUGGACAAACUCAAGAAUGAAAGAAAGAAAGCGAGUCAUGAAGCCAUAGUUAGUACUGCUGCUAAGAUAUCUGGUGUACAGACAGAAGCUAUUGAGAAGGGGUUUGAAGCUGCAUUGUCAAGUGGAGUUCUAUGUUCCAAAGACUCUGGAGUGACUUACUGUUGUAACCCUGCAAAGUGUCAGACAAAUGAUCAGACAAGCCUGCAGACAAAUCCUCUCCUCACAACCACACCACAAACACAUUCAGAUUAUUUUCAUCUCAUCUGUAAGGCUAUCGUAGACUUGGAUGAGGAGGGUGGGUCUUCCCUACUUGCCAUAAGUAGAUAUCUGGUACAUGACCUGCAGGUACAGAAUGACUUCAGCUUGAAGGCUAGGCUACAGCAGGCAGCAAAACGUGGCAUGGCCCAAGCAAAACUCCAGAAGGAUGGCAUUUUGUACAAGCUCGGCGCCGUUGAGAAGAGCAACAUCAGUAUGUGCCAGCUUGUCGGUAGCACGUUGGGCAAGCCUGACAUGACCAUCAAACAGUUAAUCAGAGACAUGCUGAGAAAGAUGAAGGCAAACAAGCAAAAACCGUCCGAGGAGGGAAUUUGUAGACCCAUAUCACGCGACUGUAGCAUUGCCGAGAAAGACCUGUUGGAGUGCUUGGAUCAGUGUGUUGGCGAGGGCAGCAUUCUGCAGAUCUACAAAACAGACGGAACUGUGGUGUACAAGUUACCAGAGACUGAUCUCAUCAAACCAGUCAAGAGAAAAAGCAUUCCUGGUGGGGAGAAGACAGAACCCUGUGUGUCCAGGACAGACAAGACGCCUACAUCAGAUUCCAACAGCCCAUCUCUGGAGCAAAUGUUACACAAGGCGAUCAAGAAGAAGCACACUUUAAAGCAACAGACCACCGCUGUUGGGAUCUUCAGCACUUUGAUCCGGAUGACAAAGAAGGUCUUCACACUGGGACAGGUUAGAAGUCAACUGGCCCUAUGCGUGGAGGAAGGGAGUAUGACCAAAAUGGGGCAUGGUGGCAAGACUUUGUAUUACUCUGUGACUGGCAAACCUACUGCAGUGCGGCAGCAAAGUAGCGCAGAAAACACAUCAACUGAUGUUUCAGUGAAUGUCAACACACUGCGACAUGAUGGGGCUUCAUUUGCCACAGUUCCAAACCCGUCUGCUAGAGAUGAAGCAGUGCCCCAGGGGAGUAAAAAGUACAGGAAAUGGCUGAUCCGUGCCAUACACGACGUGAAGGGCAUGAGACAAAGAGUUACUGCCGAGCGGCUCUGCAAAAGAGUUGCUCGCAAGCACAACGUUGAGCCCACUGUAGUACAACAUCAGUUAGCAAUGUGGAUAAAGAACAGCAGAUCAACAAUUAACAGAGUAAUCCAGCCAGAUGGUGUUGCAAUAUACAAAGUAGGUAAAGUUACUACAUCAACUAAGGAGCAGACAGCAAAGAAGCAUGUGAAGCAGAAAGGUAGUCCAAGCUGUCUGGAGUCAAGUCACAAAGCUGACCCCAUCAUCGCAAACUACAUCCUUCAAACCAUUCUUACCCUCCAGCGACUCAAUAUUGCACCAACGGCAGAGAACAUCUGUAGACAAGUCUACCUGUCCCAUGAUGUAAACGCUAUAGUCAUCCCUGGACAGCUUCAGUUUUGUGUAAAAGAAGGCAAAGUUAUACACACAGUAGGUGAAGAUGGGGGAUCUCAUUAUGAGUGUAGUUCCACCUCUAAAAAGGCAUUGGCUCUGAAAAGUGUAGCAUCUUCACAACUUCCUUCAACACAUCCCAAGGGGAAAGUAAGCAAACUGUCCUCAGUCUCAAAGCCUUUGAAACAGAAAGGAGGACGGAAGCCUGUCCUGACUUUAGAGGGAACAGGAAAACCUGAUGCUUUAGUCAAGAAGUGGAUAGUGGAGGCAGUACAAAAAUGUAGAGAACUGAGAGUCUGGACGUCCGAGGCUCAAAUCAUCAAACGUGUGCAGCAGCUGCAUGGGAGUGUUGACACUGCUAUGAUAACUCACAAUCUCACCAGAUGUUUGCGGGAAGGUUCUGUCAUCAAGAAGUUCCUUCAGGAUGGGAGAGAGUCGUACCGGCUGAACAAGGAUCUGAGAAACACGAUGACGUCCACAGGCCCUUCACCAGACCCGCUCGUGAAGGCGGCCUUACUGGAGGCCAUCCAGACCAACGAAAACACGGCAGCCACUCCCUACACUGACGAAAUCUGCAAGAAGGUGGCCAACAUGCUGGGUCAGAGGGAACAGCAUGUCUACGAGCAGUUACGGCUGUGUAUGAAGGAGGGGAGCAUCGCAGAGUGUGAGCAGAGCAAUCCGGACCCGCUGGUCAAGGCUACCAUCCUGGACGUGAUCCGGUCGCAGGACCCACGUAAUCGGCCGUACACAGAGGACAUCUGCGAGGAGGUAGCACAGCUCCUGGGUAAAGACGUGGACGAGAUUGAGAUGGAACUGCAGCUGUGCAUCAAGGAGGGCAGCAUCGCAGAGAUGGAGGAAGAGGCGUACGAGGAACCCCCGCGACCGAUCGUCCACGUGGACCCCGACUCCGGCCUUAGCGAGCUGGUGGUGCACGCGGCACAGCAGAUGCACGACAGACACUUCACGGUCAGGGACGUGGAGAGGUGGAUUGGGGAGAACUUCAGCAUGGACGUGGCAGCAGGGGUGGACCUCAGGGCCAAGAUACAGGAGGCCUACACACAGUGCUACAGAGAGGGUACUCUACCUGCAACGGCGUUAAACAGUUCAACUGUACAGGGCGAUAUGGAUGUGGAUUCUCCAAGUCAAGCAACUUAUGUGGAUCCCAAAGCAACAGAGCCCUAUCCAGUUAUGCUGGUUUGUCACCAGAGUCUCCAGCAAGAUACAAGCAGCACAGAUGAUGCUCUGGCCACUCUGGACAGUAGAGAUGACCCUCAGCUGUCAACUGUCCCAGACGUCCCCACAGAUGUGCACCAGGCUGAUAUGGGUAGAACAGACAACCUCGAGCCAAGUGCAACCACCACAGAAAGGAUCAUGGCAAACUUAGCUACAAGACUUAGUGAUAACCUGUGUAGUACAGGCAACACAGAAAAUGUUCAGGUAAACAAGAUGAGUGAAGUCAAACCAAGCAAUGUUCAGGUCUCAGCCAUCAUAGAUAUUACAGACGACACCUCGCCUGUCAUAGAUCUCACAGACGACGUUACACCGAACCUUACCGAAAACACAGUAACGUCUGAGGCCAGUAGUUCAGGUGACAACCAGCCACAGGCAGCCAGUCCACAGCCUCAUGUGGCAAGCAACACAGUAACAAGUACUGACGUCCCUCAGGCUAACAAGAACAGUACUCAUGAACCCCAAGUAACCGCAAACAGUACAGAAAGUUUAGGGUCUAGCAACAAAGAUGGUGAUAAACUAGUUGCAGACAUAGACAACACAGUUAAUAAUGUGCCAAGUAAAGACAGUGAUGGUAACACAGAAAACCAUGAACAACAAGUUUCCACAGAUGAUCUUCAGUUCAGCACAGACAAUGGACUUGACAUCAAACCUGACCUGCAUCCGUGCACAGACAGCACAGAUACCAGCCUGCCAAGUACAGGGCAAAAAGAUGACGCCCAGUUGACUAGAAAUCCAACUGGCCCCCAGAGAAGUAUCAACAAAAUGAUAGACCACCUGUGGCAUAGCAAGACAAGUCUGCACACUGGCAGUGGGACCAGUGAAGGCCCUCUGUCUAAAAAGGAGGACAGCAAAAAUGUCCCCCAGUCAAGUGCAGACGCCACUGAUGAUAUCAAGUCCACUUCAGAUGGUCAGAUGACAUCUAGCCCUCCGUUGACACCACAGACAGGUGUCUCUGUAGAGGUGCCCUCACCCAAACCCACCACCCUGACUCCUGAGCAUCUGUCUGGCAUCAAGCAGGAGAGAUAACUUCAGCUGAACUCGAUCAAGAGAAUCCAACAUAUGCCAUCAGUGGACACCAGGGAGAAAAGAUUGAUGGUGAAAUGCAUCAGUGAAGAUUCAGCACAAGUCAAUUAUUCCAGCCAGAUAUAGUACUACACCUGUGUGAAACUCAUAGAGUGUUGUACAUAGCACUUUGGCAGAACGUCUUGUUUAAGGUUGUAUUCGUGUAUUCAAGGAUCACAUCCCCUAUCUAUAGUUUUCAAAUUUUGUGUCCAAUAAGAUAUUGUCCAUAGCAAGCAAAAUUCUGAUGCUAUGACCAAACAUCCAACAAAAACAGCGUAGUAUGUUCUGCCAACAUGCUGAUCAUGUAACAACCUCAAAUGUUCAUGUUUUGGUGCCAACAGUUUCAGUUGUUCUAAUUCUUGAUGAAAUGUCUUUAAAAAUAAUCUAAGCUGUAAAUGUUAAGAUUUUGUUCCGUGGAUUUACUCCUGAAGUGGAAGCAUAGGGAUUUUCACAGAAUAAUGUUGUCUAUUUUCACGUCUACUUUGACUGCCCACUCCAUUAUUCUUCUGUGAAAUUGCAGAACCAAAUGGGUGUUGUAGUUAAGAUAUUGCCUUGAGAAACCAUUUAUUGAGGUGUGGUAUUACUAUUACUGUGAUAUAUAACUUGAUCAUAUGGACACAUCACACAAGGUACAUCUGUGUUGGUAGAAGUCAUUAUGUAGUAAGUUUAAAAUGUAAUUCCCUACACAAGAAAUUGGACUGUACAACUCCAGUUUUUGUCAAGGUCAAUUAGCAAUCCACCGCUUCCGGGGUGCCACAGACUUUCUGCAAUUUACAAUCCACUUCUCACAGAGUCACUUCUGCUUAGUCCUUCCCUGCACAAAAUCCUACCUUUAAGCACACCUUAAAACAUAUGUAAAGGUAUGUGCAACGGCAGAAUCGUAACCUUUACACAUGAUUUCAGGUCGGCAUAAAGAAUGGAUUUUGUGCAGUGCUUGACAAAGACGGGAGUGGUACAGUGGAAAAUUUGCCUAAGUCCAAUUUCUUGUUUUGGAAAUUACGAGUUGCCUCAUAAUCAUGUGGAAACAUAGAUACAACAAAAUGCCCAGUGCCCUUUGUGUAAGAAGAACUUGAUGUUUAGAAUGCAGAUACUACAAUGCAAUGUACUUGAAUGGCCCAAAAGUUUUUUUUCUCUAUGAAGAGUCUUCAUCAAGACAUGUUACAAUACUGGGCUUAUGAUGUAUAUUAGGCAGAGACCUAAAAGUGCUUGUAAAUAAUCCAAGCUUCUGAAGGCAAUGAGAUAAUUUCACAGUGAGUAUAUACUGAUAUACAUGUAUAUUCAAUCCAUAUAUGUUUGUACAAUAAUUUUGCAAUUGUAACAAAAUAUCUUAACAAAAUCAUAACUAAACAAAGUAUGCUGCUCCAUUGUUGCUCAAUUCCAGAUACAGCUGUUACAUAAAAUGGAAUAAUAUUCUCAUGAGUCAUGUGUUACAGGGAAUUCAUUGCUAGUUUCUGUAUGACGACAUAAUUGAUAUUACAUUUGCUUUGUAGUUCUGAAUGUACAACAUGUAAAUCUGGAGAAAAAUACUCAAGCUUUUUUAAAAUCAAAAUGUUGAAAGUUUACUACAGUAACUUCAAAUUAAAUACAGUGGUCAGUAUGUGUACUGUAUACAUAGUGAUGUUAUUGAAAUCCAGUUCUAAACUGUAUAUCCUAUAGUAAUAUCUUAUCAGAAACAGCUGCCAGUAUAGUCAGUUAUUGUUAGCAAAGUUGUUAUACAACAUAUGCUUUUGUUUGUUUAUGAAUAUUAUGUUAAGUUUAUGUUAAUCACAUUUGAUUUUGUGACUUUUUGCUUCUUUCUAGUAGGUAGAGUGUCACAUUUCCCCUUGUGUAUGUCACAUGCCACCCAAAGUUCGCUUCUCAUAAAUGUACAUGUAGACAUUCAUCUAUUAGGUUAUUAGUUAUUAGAUUAGUUUGUUGUAAAAUCGGUGAUGAAGACCAAAAAAUAUUUCUACUUCACUGUUGCUGUGCAGUAUGCACCUGUCACAAGUUGUAGUAAUCUCAUUAUAGGUAAGUACAGAAAAUAAUAGAUAUAAACAUU